AUGGACAGUGGCGCUUUUGGGGGGUUUGGGGUCGUUUACGUCACGCACCCGGAAGGGCCUGGCAGAGGCCCGCAUGUGCCCCGGUUCGGCAGCUACAUCAGGGGUCGGCCCAGGCGGGGCAUGCGGGAGACGCCGACCAAGGUUGUUUUUAGGCAUCCCGAGACCUGGGGCUUUGUGCUCGACAGCUGUUGGGCGGUGCACACCUCGUGGCCGCUGCCGCGCCGGGGCCAGGACCCGUCGCUGGAAGAUUCUGCAUUGCCCAUGACGGUGGAGAACAUGCACAGCGAGGCACAGCGGUACAACAGAGGCCAGCAGAUCGACCCAGAGGACCCGGAUCCCGUGGACGACGGCUUCGAGGUCGGCCUCGAAUACCGGGGCGAGGACGACUCGCUGGGCCGGCUGGUGCGCGUGCGCAUGGGCGACCAGGCCCUUCACGCUGCCGUACGCGAUGCUGCGGGCCCUGGCGCGCGGCCACGGGCCCGGGGAGGUGGGCGUCUCGGCCGAGGUCCCUGGCAGCAGCGCGAGGAGGAGUGGGAAGCCGAGGGCGCAGGCGGAUCUGCGGAGAGCGAGCUCGGCGGGGGCACGCCAUAG